AUGGCCAACCUCGCAGCUCGUCCCGCCGCCGUCUUCAAUCUAUCCUCAUCGACAAAUACUCCACCAGCUAGCUCGAUAGGCGGUGGCCGGGACGACUUGGCGGGCGAUGCUGACGACGAUGACGACCUCGACAAUGACGAUGAUGUGCCACUUCCCUUCCCUGCCGCCCUCCCCCGCUCCGACUUCCUGAAGCCCGACUUCGAGCCGGCAGAGUACCUCUCCGCGCUACCACACCGCCACCAGACGCUGGAGGAUCUGCGUUCCGACCUCCGCGAGCGCAGCUCAGCCAUCAGCACCGAGCUCCUGGAGCUGGUCAACUCGAACUACACUGCCUUCCUGUCGUUAGGCACCGAGCUGCGCGGCGGCGACGACAAGGUCGAGGACGUGCGCGUCGCCAUGCUGGGCUUCCGCCGCGCCGUCGAGGACGUCAGGGCCGGCGUCGCCCAGAGGCGGGAUGAGGCGGCCCGGCUCAACGAUGAUCUGAGGCGUGUGCGGUCGGGCAUCCAGCGCGGGCGGGACAUGCUCGAGCUGUCAGAUCGGUUGGCCUCUCUGGAGGACAGGCUGGUCCUCGGGAGCACUCCCGCCGCCGACGCUGAUGGUGACGAUGACGACACCUGGAGUGCCGAUAGCGAGAGCAAUGCGGAAGAGGAGGGAGAGGAACGAGGAGAUGACGAUGCCAGUGGGAAGAAGAAGACAGAGGGUGGCGGCGGACUCGUUGCUACCUCGCCGUCUAAGCUGUCCGUGCUCGCACAGGAGUGCCGUCGUAUCAUGAGCAUGAUGGCUGCCAUGGACCAGGACCACCCCUUCGUCAUCAGGCAGGAGGAGCGCCUCAUGAGAUGCCGCAAUACCCUCCUGCUCGACUUGGGCAACGCUCUUAAAGAGGCCAGGGCCGCGGGACCCAAGGGGCAGGACCGCGUCAUCAAGUAUCUGGCCAUAUAUCGCGUUAUAGAUGCCCAGGGCGAAGCUAUCAAGUUGCUGAAGAGGCGGUAA